AUGCCGGGGCCCUUCGGCCUGGGCUCCCCAGUGAGCAUGGGCGGCCGGGCCCCCGCCCCGUCCGGCUUUAUUUUCAGCCCGCCCACGGCCUCGGCAUCACCCGGCUUCUCCUUCCCCCCCGGGAAUGCUCCCCAGCCGGGGCCCCCGGCUUUCAAACUGGGCUCGGUGGGGAGCCCGGGGCACCCCACGGCCCUCUCAGGGCUAGCCUUCGCCUCCGCCGCCGCUGCCCCGGCAUCCCCCGCGGUGCCUCCCACCCAGCCACUCCCGGCCUUCGGCCUGGGCGGCCCGGCCUCUUCGGGACCCGCUGCGGUGGCCCAGGCGCCUCUGCAGGCCUCGGGCUUCAAACAGGUGCCCCCGGGGGCUCUGGGCCCCGCCCUCCAGGCCCCCGCCGCCCCCGGGCUAGCCUUCGCCUCCGCCGCCGCUGCCCCGGCAUCCCCCGCGGUGCCUCCCACCCAGCCACUCCCGGCCUUCGGCCUGGGCGGCCCGGCCUCUUCGGGACCCGCUGCGGUGGCCCAGGCGCCUCUGCAGGCCUCGGGCUUCAAACAGGUGCCCCCGGGGGCUCUGGGCCCCGCCCUCCAGGCCCCCGCCGCCCCCGGCCCCAAGCUGUUCGCCCCCGCCGCGGCCUCUGCCCUUCAGCCGGUUCCCGUUGGCCGACCGAUGGCCGGAGCGCCUGCGCUGGGCAUGCAGGGAUUUGGCUUAAAGCCCCUCGGGUCCCCUACUGUGGCCACCAGCAUUGCCCAGGUGGCCCCCGCGUCAGCUUUGAAGCCUAAGCCCCCGGCUCCCCAGGGCGCCGCCUUCCUCCCCGGCCCCGGGGCCGCCCUGCGGGCUCUCCCAAGCGCCGGCUUCCUCCCGGGCCCGGGCCCCGGCCCCGGGACGCCUACCCUGGGCCGCGCGUGUCUGGGCCCCGUGCAGACCUACGCGCAGCUGGAGAACCUGAUCAACAAGUGGAGCCUGGAGCUGGAGGCCCAGGAGAAGCACUUCCUGCACCAGGCCACGCAGGUGAACGCGUGGGACCGCAGCCUGCUGGAGAACGGCGAGAGGAUCAUGUCGCUGCACCGCGAGGUGGAGAAGGUCAAGCUGGACCAGCGGCGGCUCGACCAGGAGCUCGACUUCAUCCUGGCGCAGCAGAAGGAGCUGGAGGAGCUGCUGGCGCCGCUGGAGGACGCCGUGCGGGAGCAGGGCGGCUCCAUCUACCUGCAGCACGCCGACGAGGAGCGCGAGCGCACCUACCAGCUGGCCGAGACCAUCGACGCGCAGCUCAAGCGCAUGGCCCGGGACCUCAAGGACGUCAUCGAGCACCUGAACGCGGCCGGCGGCCCGCCCGACGCGGCCGACCCGCUGCAGCAGGUGUGCCGGAUUCUGAACGCUCACACCGACUCCCUGCAGUGGGUGGACCAGAACUCCGCCCUGCUGCAGCGCAAGGUGGAAGAGGUGGCCAAGGUCUUCGAGGAUCGGCGCAAGGAGCAGGAGCGCGGCUACGGCCUGGCCUUUGAUUAA